GCCCCCCCCCCCCUGUUGCAGUAGGCCAAUGGGAGCAAAGCAGGGAGGUGAGAGUGAGGAGGUCGUACACUGAGGAGCUGCUAGGCAUUGACUUCAGUGCUCCUCCUCAAUCUACCAACAACCCCUUCAUAAUCCCCUCCCCCUCUUCAGGUGUCCCCCCUGUGGACCCUCUCAGUGGGAUGAUGGGAGCUCUGAGACUGGAGUCCGUAAGGGAGCGGCUCAGUGACUCACCUGUGAGGACUAUCCAAUCAGGAGCUCACAGACUCACUGCAGACCAAGACCAGGUGUCAGGACCAGCAUCUGGACCCAAUCAGAGCCUACAACCAGACCACAUACAGAUGACGGCUUGUCUUAAUCCGGACCAGGCGGCCAUCUUCCUGUCUCUAAUGACCAUGGAGGGGCGGAGUUUCAGCCCUGAUGAUGUCAUAGAGGCGAUCCAGCUCAACAGAGAUUUCUCAUCAGCUCUCAAGUUCCUAACUCACUGCUGCCCCAUCUGUCAGGAGCAGGUAUCCUUCAGCAAGAUCAUCACCAUGACUCACUGCUCCUGCUUCCUGUGUCAGAUAUGUUUUAAGACGUUUUUUUCGGCGGCCAUUAAAGAGAAGAGCAUCGAUCAGCUGGUUUGUCCUCAGUGUGGCAGACCAGAGGUGAAAGGUCAUAGCGGGAUGGACUACUUCAACCUGUUGGACACACAGAUACGCCACUUCCUGCCGCCUCAGAUCCACGAACUCUUCCAGAGGAAACUCAGAGAUCAAGCUCUGCAGGAGAUGCCAAACUUCCGCUGGUGCGCUCACUGUUCCUUCGGCAUGCUUCAUGAGGCUGACAGGUUGAGAAUGGACUGUCCCAGCUGUAAGAAGAGUACCUGCUGUCAGUGCAGAUCCCCUUGGUCUCCUCAGCAUCAGGGACUGUCCUGUCAGCAGUUUAGAGUCUGGAAGCAGCAGAACCAUCUGGACCAGAACCCGAACCCAACACUCAGCUACAACAGCAUCGAGUGUCCCAGCUGUCAGUGUGUGUUCAGUGUGUCUAAAGGAGGCUGUCUUCACUUCACCUGCUCUCAGUGUCAGCAUCAGUUCUGUGGAGGCUGCAGCCGGACCUUCAGCUUAGGAUCUGCUUGUAGCUUCUCUGCCGAUUGUGGAAGCAAAGGUCUGCAUGCCCACCAUCCUCGAGACUGCCUGUACCACCUGAGAGACUGGUCCGUGCCCCGCCUACACCUGCUGUUACAGUAUUACAGAGCGUCUCCCGCCUGGUUGGAGCCAGCCAAUGGCAGCUCACCUGACAACAGUCUGACAGGUGUGUGUUUGAUUUUGGAGCUGAAAGAUGAUGGCAGCAGGCGGGAGGAGCCAUGUGGACGCCCCGUCCACCCUGACUACAGAGGAUACUGCCAGUUACACUAUAAGGAGAGUUUGGUGGAGCUCAUUAACCGUUGUCAUGGCGACCCGGCUGUGCUCUUCAGCCAAGCAGAGAUGAAGGCGGAGCUGCAGCGCUGGCAUGUUUCCUUGCCAACCAGGAGACCAGAAGAACCAGAGCAGCUGUACUCACAGCGCCUCCUCCUGGUCAGUCGCAUCAUCGUAAACACUCUGACCAAUAGUGUUCCACUCAGGAAGCAGAGACUUCCUGCUCAAACUGAAGCACGUCCGCUGCCCCCUGCCCUCUGCGGUGACCCAUGGAGCUCCGCCCACCUACCUGCUGCUCAGGGACUAGCUGACUCCGCCCACCCCUAACCUAUCUACGAAGUAGGAGGCAGCGUCCUGUCUCACUCUGACCGGCCUCCAUCAGUGAUGUCUCUUAAGGACAUCCCAGUGUGACAUCACUGGUAGGGGGCGUGGUCAGCACUUGACAUCUGACCUGAUGAAAAUGAACAAAAUGUAAUUUGUGGUUGGUAAGUUGUUCUUUCUAGUGACUUCAUCAGUGACAUCACUCUUCUGCUCUGACAACGUCUUAUUUGCUUAUAUGCUGUCAUCAAAGUACAAGAAAGGGACCAAAAACUGAGUGAGCAGCCAAUCAGAGAGCUGAUGUUUGCCUUAACAAGCUAACUAUGUUGAAAAGUCUUUACUCGGUUAAUUAUUCACUUUUUUACAUGUAAACACUUUAGCAGUGUCAGCACGACUUAGCUCGUUAGCAUGUGUAACAGCAGGUGACUUUUUACUUUCUGCACUUUAACAGUUUCAAGUUAUUUAAUAAAACUGUAAAACAUU